UUUUAAUUUUUGCUCCGUGUGAGUGGUUAGCUGUAUUUAGUACGCAUUUUUAAUUUAAAUUCAAUUAAAUUUUUUAUUUACUUCAACCGCAGAAUUAUUGGCGAGUAAUAAGAAAAAAUUCACUAUAAAAUUAAUAAUACAUUUUAUAAUUAAUCGACAAUAGUCACGCUCUAGACAGACUCAAUGCAAAGAUGUCCGAAAACCAUGAUAGCCUGGGUGCAUCUGUAGCCUACAGUGAGCUGGUGGCUAUAGACCAGAAGGACAUCAUCCUGAUGAUAGACUUUGAUUCGGCGGUUUCCAUUUGCUCAGCAUGUAUCGCAAAUAAAUCCGCGAAUCCUGUGGAUGUCUUGACAUUGUGGUUCACCAAACUAUUAGGAGCAUACAUCGACGAUUCCGGGUAUUGUGUACUAGCAGCUCGGGAAAUGUGCAAGUGGUUCACGAUCGAAGCAGAAACUGGCAAUGAAGUCCACAGCGGUCAUAUAAAACUCAUGUCUGUGGCACAAGAAUUUGUAUCCACAUUCAGGGAUCGAUUGCUGGAAGCAGGCGAACGUUUGGUUCAAAUCCUUGCCUAUCUUGUCUUUACAAUUAUCGACUUCUGUUUAAUGUGCGAUAAGAGUCAUCGCCAGAUUGUUGCGGAUCUUCAACUCGAAACGCUUUCUUUAAUAAAGGAUUCUAUCAUUAAUUUGACAGAAGUCCACCCUCGCCUUGCGACCUUGAUGCAAAAGAUAAUGGAAAUCGCAGAUACCGAAGGAACACGCACUGGUGAUCUGCAGUUAUCUGUACAGACAGGCGAGACGUUGGCUCAUAUUUGCUUGCACUUCAUGACAACCUGGCAUGCUAAUCCUACAGACGAAAAACUGCCCAAUUGGCUUAGGGAAACUGUUUUUCAUCUAUGUGAUGUGGUUACCGUUCACUUGAAUAGUACUUUUGACAUCGACAAUCGUAUUGUUCCUGCGGAAAAGUUAGAGGAGCUUGUAGAUGGUAUCAGGACCUACAUUGUAUUGUUAUAUCAUAUUCUUCAAAAAGGUGUGGUGUAUGUUGAUGAUGAUGUAGCUGUUUGUCUGAUGGACUUAAUAAUGUGUGAACGAACGAGGCCAUCACAUUACUCUGACAUCGAGAAGCAACAGCUAAUUUCUGUGUUAGUACGACCACAUGUACUAGAUAUUUUAGAGCUGCUUUACAAGUUCCAAAAAUGUCAAGAAUAUUUAAUAUCCAGUGUCCUUGGUACACCAAAAUUUGACUACUUCGACGCUUGCAUGGAUUUUAUUAAUGCUGUGUCUACAGACGAUGCGGAUGUGCUCCCAUCUACUUGCCGAACAUUACAACAAACUUUUGAAUAUUUGUUUAAAGUAUUGGAUGCGUUUGGUUGUCUUUUGUAUUUAGUGGGUAACAUAGAACUACAUAGGUAUUUCUGUGCCGGCAUAUUUCAAAAGGAUUUUAUUACAUCGCAAGUGUGUGCGGAUAUUCUCAUGCUGUGCUUUCGGCUAAAAGAGGCCAACAAAUGCUGGACAGAUCAUGCCAUAAAAGAGGCUAUGGCUCACUGGCAUAAGUGCAAUAAUUCUUACGCCAUGUUUUCCACAAAUCCAAGCCAAUUGCAUGUACAACGAUUCCUUAGGUACUUCCACUGCUUGGGAAAGCAGGAACUUCCUGUCAUAAGCAUUCAAAACUUCCGGCACCUGUCUGUCGUCGCAAAAUCAGAUGGCCACGUGGGAAUGAAGAUAUUGAAGCGCUUAGAACUCAUCUCCACCUCAGCGCCCACAAAAGUUGAGUUGUACUAUGAAGUGGUUGCUCUACUGGAACUUUUGGUGCACCACGAUCAAAUCGACUGUUCCCAUUGGUUUCAGCGGACAUCGGAAAUGGCCAAUAAACUUUUAGGCAUUGACAAGAGCAUUAGCUUUGCUAAUGUUUACUUCAAACUACUAGCGCGUGCGAAUGGAUCCACCAAAUUACUUAUACUUAGGGGACUGCCUCCAAAUGCUGGAUGCACAAACUGGUAUCGCGAGAAAUUCCUCGACUCCUGCAAAGUCAGCGAUGACGCCCAACUAAGAGCAUUUAGUGCCCGCCAUGCAAUAUACCCAUUGUUUAAGGCAUUGCAUGUCGAACCCGGAACUGUUGUCGACGGUUCAUUUGAUCUCAGUAAAUCAAGCUACAUUCGCCAUGGAGAUCAUAAAUGUCCGGUCUCUAGUCUAAAACGUCGACGGAGUGAAUUGGCGCCUAAAGAAAUCCUUCGUAAUAUAUAUGAGGCUUCUCUUCAACUGACCCAGUGCACCGCGAAUUUCGAUGCUGCCGACUGGGAAUUGCUCAAGAAGGUAAUGGCCAAUUUGAGUGGAAUUGUACCCUAGCUCCCUGCUCUAUGCUUUUCGUAUCGCUCACUUACCUAAAUCAAUUAAUUACCACCUGUGUACUCAUUUUGAAUAAGAAUCCCUAAUUAAGAUGUUGUGCGAUAAGGCGGUUAAAAAUAACGUGUAAAUAAAGACAGUUUACCUGC